UGGUGAGGUUGAUUUCCACCACUUCCUUCCUCCCUCUCUCUCUCUCUCUCUCUCUCUCUCUCUCUUCCUGUUCUUUACUUUGUGCUUGUGGGAGCAGUGGUUGGAAUUAGUAGUUGGAGAUUUGAUUUAUGAACUUUAAAGAUUCUUAAGGGGAACCCCAGAUCACAUCAAAAGCUCAAAAGUGCAGAAACAAAAUAAAGAAAGAAAACUGAAAUAGAGAAACAUAAAGAGGGGAAAAACCAGAAAUUUUGUUUUCAUUCUUCUCUAUAGUGAUGUUUGCCUUGAACUUCUUAUCCUAUCCUUGUCUAGGCAGAGACAUUAAAAGCCUUUUCUUGAAUUAGAAACCUUGGGUUUGGAUUUGUAAAGUUUGAACUUUGAACAAACUGAUAAGUCAUAAUAGAUAAAGACUUACUAACCAGUCUCCUUCUUGAUACUCAUUUCUCUCUUCAUGUCAUGUUAGUGAAGUUUUGAUGAACAGAGUAGUAAUGGCUGAUCAAGGGAAUAGUGGUGAGGUGAGGGAGUAUAGGAAGGGUAACUGGACAGUCCAUGAGACUGUAGUCCUUAUUGCUGCAAAGAAGAUGGAUGAAGAAAGGAGAAUGAAGAGAAGUGGAGAUGGUGAGGAGAGAAGCAAACCAGCUGAGUUGAGAUGGAAAUGGGUUGAGGAUUAUUGUUGUAAACAUGGGUGUAUGAGGAGUCAAAACCAGUGUAAUGACAAGUGGGAUAAUCUGAUGAGAGAUUACAAGAAAGUGAGAGAGUAUGAGAGAAGAUUGGCUGAGAGAGGAGACAGAGAAGAAGGGUCUUAUUGGAAGCUUGAGAAGCAUGAAAGGAAAGAGAGGAACUUACCUUCUAAUAUGUUGCCUGAGAUAUAUGAUGCAGUGGUGGAAGUGGUGGAGAAGAGAGCUGUUCAGAGGGUGACUGGUGGUGGUGGUUCAGAUCCAAAUCUACCAUUACCACUACCACCACCACCACCACCACCACCACCACCUCAACAUUUACCACAUUCUCAGCCAUUACCCUCAAUAGAUUCUGAUACAAGUGAGCAUUCAAACUCAUCAGCAAAGAGAAGGAGAAGAGGAGAAGGAACCAGCAGCUCUGGUAACACCUCAUAUGAAGUGGGUUCAGCAAUCUCUAAAAGUGCUUCCAUUAUAGCUGAAGCUCUCCAUGCUUGUGAGGAAAAGGAAGAGAAGAGACACAGGGAUCUUCUCAGUCUGCAAGAGAGAAGACUCAAAGUUGAGGAGUCAAAGAAUGAGAUUGAUAGAGAAGGAAUUAAUGGUCUUGUUGAUGCCAUUAACAAGCUUUCCAGUUCUAUCUUUGCCUUAGUUUCAAACAAGAACUCAUCUGCUCCAAAAUGACCA